AGUGUUUUGUUCAAGUUAUGAUGCGUCACAGGUCUCUGGCCAAUCAGACAAACAAAACAUUUGCCGUCCUCAGAAAUGAAUCUCCAACAAUCGAUAUUACGAUUAUUCACUGCACGGCACUCCCUCCACUUCAAAAAGCGUAAAGUUGAUACAUUAUCUGCUCUACUAUUUUACAUACAGAAUAUACGGUACUGUACAUACAAUGGCACUAUGCUGACUGAACACUGGGUGGCGGUAAUCAACAUAUCACGACAACGGAAACAUUUCCGGUGUUUGUUGUGGCGUCACCAGGGCCAAGUUAAAUCAUAUUUUUGAGGUUAUCUCUAGUUGUUGUGCAGGUUACACAAAGUGUCAAGUUGAAUUCACUAUUGCGGUGUUUACGUUUGAACAAAAGUGCAUUUUGGUGUUGGGCUCAUGUUGUUACUUCGGACUACUGCCGCGCUCGUCAGCCAGCGUCUGGCAGUUCGACGCUGCACGGCCGCCGGCGAGAGGAGGCUCACAACCACCGCCGCUUACGUCCAGGGUCAGAGCCCUGAACCACGCAUUCGAGAAUACUUCUACUAUAUUGACCACCAAGGGCAGUUGUUCCUUGAUGACACCAAAGUCAAGAAUUUUGUCACCUGUUUCAAAGACAAACAGUUCCUCGUCUUCUUCUUCAGUCGUCUCCGUUUAAACCAGAGUGGGCGCUACGAGGACGACUUCCCCUUCCUGUCUCCUUGUGGGCGCGAGAGGAACUUCCUGCGUUGCGAUGAUCGACCAGUGGUCUUCACCCACCUGCUACAGGACGCUACCGGCGACCGGGACUUGCUGUCGUUCUGCGGCGGCGCAGACAAGCUGACCGUUUCCUUCAACCCCGAGGCGCUCUUCAUGCACCCGGCCACCGGACGAGUUUACCACCCCUGCUCCGAGCGAACGGGCGGCGUCGGGCUGGUGAAGUCAUCGCUGGCUAUCGAGCUCAGCCCGUCCUUUGUCUACGCUUCCGAGCGAGGUCAGUCAGGACCACCCACACACUUCCUAUGGAGGAAACGGCAGCACGUACUAAGCAAUCAGCUGGCAGGAUGCUUUGCCAUAGAAGAGGACGACAGUGGAGCUGGAGAGGGAUAAUGUCCAGAGAGGAAAGAUAAAAAAAAAAAAGUGAUUUUGCACAGUCUUGUUGAAAGGCUAAUGGACAAACACUUUAGUGAAUAUUAUGAAUUGACGUAUCAAUCAUAAAGGAAUAUUGUGUUUGCAUUGGUUUGAUCCCGAAUCUAAGAAAUAAGCUUUGACGUGGUCGUUAAUUUAACGAGCCCCAUCGGACCCCUCCAACGUUGACCACAAAAGAAAUUUAAAAUGCUCCCCAUUUAUUUUCCAAGACAAAAAAAAAAACCUUGGGAAAUGUCAAGUGCUGUUCGUAUUGACGUGAUACACAGCUCGGCAGUCGGCAUCAAUACUCGUGCUAACACUCAAAUGUCGCCUCGUCCAGCGACAAAAUAUGUGAUGAGAAAACCACAUUUAUUUGUAGUUUUGAGACUGAAUGUUACCCGGUACAGCUUCCCCUUUUUCACUUGAACAAGGUCACUGCAGCCAACACUUUCAUUUCAACACCGGUAGAGGGCGAUGUCAACUCGCUGAAAAAAUGUCGAAUCUGACCUCGUCACUUCAGUUAUCGUUGCAGUCAAUGUUGAUGAUGACUUUGUUGAGGAAGAACGUGCACAGAAACUUGAGUUCGUACUUUGCCCCCUUGAUUGCCCCCCCCCCCGCCAAAGAAAAGUCAGAUUUUAUGAUCUAAUACUGCAUUUAUUUAACGCCUUGUUAAAAGUAAACGCAUAUGCAGUAAAGCUC